CGUCGUCCUCGUCGUCCUCGGCAUUCCCGAGACACAGUCCCUCUCUGACUCCGCCUAUCAAGUCGUUCAUUUUCCGCCCCCGACCCUCUUAUCUUGCAUGAUCGCCUCUUCAUAUCGCCUCGAGGCGCCUCGGCCUCGCCCGCCUCCGCCCCCACUCCGUACGAACUCACCUGGCGUGCGCUCGUCGUGGAGGUCGGCGGACUACAGUCCCGGGGACACUCAGACCCUGCUGCGCUAUGAAAUACCGUCCCCCGUCACUUCGCCCCCUCCGCGAUCCGGUCUCGGAUCACCGACAUCGCCUCGUGCCAUGUCGCGAGCGGAAGCACGACGGGCGCGCACAAAGAGCCCCCCCGCGAACCGCGCUAUGAACGCUAGCAUGAACCAACCUGCGAAGGACGAGAUCGAGCAGUUCGCGGCACACUGCCGAGCAUGGUACUUCCACCAAGACGACAAUGCGGGCCGUCUCAUGACGCAAACACUAGCAACCCUCCCGUCUGCUCAACGCGCCCCCUUCGCGAAACUCCAGGCCUCCAUUCGGUCUCAGUAUCACGCCCACGUCCAGAUACAACGGCAGGCCGAGUACGCUGCCCACCUCUCCUCCGUGUCACCUGGUCAGUCCAUAUCUGCUGCUGCGCGGUCCGAUCCGCACGGUUUGGAAGCGCAGAAGGAGCGACUGGACAAGUUCGAGCGGUUCGUGCAGAGGUGGUGCACGCCGGGAAUGCCGGGGACUAAGCCCUUCUUCGAGGGCUUAUGGGCGCUGAUGAGGCUAGAGGUGAUACCGGAGCACCUGGGUGGCGCCGGCCGGCGGAGAAUAGAAUGGGAGAUCGACGAUGCCGUGUUCAAGGAAGCUUCUGGGAAGGAUUUUAUGUUCGAAGCCAUCGACGUCCUCAAAGGGGUACUCGCUUUCGAAGACACCCCCGCAUCGAAGCGGGGCCCGACGUGGAGUCGUCCCGGCUCAUUGUACGAGCAGCCCGUGCCGCAUUCGCGCUCGCAGUCCCAGCCGUUGGCACUCGCCCCCCAGCGGCAGCUCGCGAACAAGCCGGGCGGCAUUUCCGCCGAGGUGUUCGCUAAGCGCGCCCGCGCCCCGUCGGACCCUUUCCUCGACACGCACCGUACCCUGCCUCCAUCUCAUACCGAUGCGCAACCACGAUCGUUGGGCGAGCCCCCUACGCUCACGCCAUCCUCCGAGGUGUCGCAAGAAGAGCUUGAGGAACUACGUACACCUGGCGCUUUGCUAGGCGAAGCUGAAGAAGGCGACGCGGAUGGAUAUAUGCGCGUUUGGACGGCGCCCGACCUUACGAACCCGGAAUAUUUGACACUCCUCAAGGUCUUCCCCACCUUCAUUACCCAACGACCUCUACCUCGUUUUCCCACCGCAGGCUCCCGGAAGUCCGCCUCGGCGACCUCUUCCAGAAGAUCACGUAUCGCGGACGAGGAAGAAGGCAUCGCGUCGGCCGAAGACGAUGAGUUGAGGAUCAAGUUCGGAACCGGCGAGAUGUGGGCCGGUUCGCGGAUGCGCAGCGCCGACUAUGAGGGCGGCUGGUGGACACGUUUGAAGCUUUGGUUCAGAAGAGUAUUCUGUUGA